UGGCGGGCAUCACUGGAUAUUCUUGGCAUUUCUCGCGGGCCCUUGGUCAUAUCUGCAUAUUUCGCAGAACUCAAGGACGCAGCAGUGCAUCUACUGUACUUUGAUGAACGCCUAAGCGACUUGAAACAGCCAUCAAGCCCGUCUACCCGCCGCUGAAAGCUUGGCUUCAACGGUGUCUUACUCGGCUCGACGCCACCGAUGGAAUCCCACUCUUCCCGCCCUAAAAAGACUGACAUUGUUCGCAAGCGAACGGGCUGUCAAAAUUGCAAAAAGAAAAGAAGAAAGUGUGACGAGACACGCCCGGAAUGCCUGGCUUGUGUGAAGAAAGGAGUCAAAUGCAGCGGCUACGAGCGCCCCGUGACCUUCAGAGACGUCACCACUCGGGCAGCCGAGUCUUCGAGGAAGUUUGAGGAAGCUAGAUGGGCGGCCCUGCGUCUUGAAGAUGAGCGAAGGAAACGACGCCGUAUUGGAUCAACCGGGGAGCUGUCCCCUGCCGCUCGGGAGUCAUCAACGCCGGAAAACAUCAUAGAAUUGCCGGCAAGAGAUGAUAUGUUGACAGCUCCGGUGCCGGCACCUAUGCCUCCAUGGCACGCGACGAACGCUGAGGGCUGGCUCGCUGGGUCCUUUACUUUACCGUGGUCACUUUUCGACACAUCUGGUGCUUCUUCCGCGAUUCAAGGUCCACCUCAACAACAACAGGAGGUAGUCAGGCCAAGUAUUACCUCGAGCGAAAUAGAAAAGCCUGCAUCGCUCGAGAAUUCCGCGAACCGCCUGAUGCUAGCAAGCGGAGUAAUACCAAACACCUCGGCACCAGCAGGGGAAGCCCCAAGCCCAGCCUUGACGACUGGUUGGGACGAGUUCCUCGUCACCGACGGUUCGUCUCCGGGGUCUUCCACGUCCACUUCAUCUCCCCUAGGUGAACCGAUGGUAGACUGCCAGCUAUCGAUACCUCUGGAAGAGGUCCUUAUCCAGCACUUCGACAGGAACGUUCUCCCCCUGAUACCAGUUGCACUCUCCUUUCCGAAUCUCUUCCGGCAGAGCAGCUGUUUCCGAUCAGCGGUAUUAGCUCUGUCCGCCAGCAAUAUCAAGCUGACGCAACCUCUUCCCAUCGACCCGCUCGUGCUCCGUCGAGUAUGCGACGAUAGCAGCGUUUGGAUCUACUAUGACACAGCGGUCAAGGGGCUCCAAGCCCAACUUCAGAACGUCGAAAACUACCGCGGCGAGGAGCUCGCAGGCGCCGCAUUGCUGCUUGCCUACCACGAGCUGGAAGCCGGCACAGCCCUUGGAAUCAGGAACCACGCGACCGGCCUCGACGCCAUCGCAUCCAAGCUCGACUUCGCAGCGUCGUCUAUCCCCGACCUCUUCAAAGCCUGGCGCAUGCUUCGCUACGAUGUUCGUUUCAUGAUGCUGCCGACGCGAGCGACCUGCAAUGUUGUAGACAAUUACGAUGUCUCGAGUUUACUUGAUCCGCAACUAGCCAUUCGGGAUAUCCUGUUUAGGUUACAUGGACUCCAUGCGCGCUAUGCGAUGGAGGCUACAUUCAGCCAAGAUACCGCUGCAGACGGCAAUAGCGCUUCAGAGAAAGUCGCACUGUGGCUUAUGUCCGUCCUCGGCCGGGAAUCUGAUCGCCGUAAUGUGCGCCUCAAGGACUUCCACAAGGAGAACCUAACCCCAGACACGAUAUUGCGGCAGUGCGAUGUGUUUUCUCACAGGCUGGAUAACUGGCACAAGGGGCUCUGCACCCAUGAUAUGCCGGUCGUCAAUCUUGGCGCGGAUUCUGAUCUGAUCAGUGGCGCUACGUUUGAGACUUUUGUCACCUACCGUUUCAGUGAUACGAAAAAGGCUCUCGAGUACGUGAUUUAUCUCGUGUGUAGGAUGACGUGCAGCUACCUCCGCUCUCUAUUCGACCCAUCGGUGCAGUCUUCGGGCACAGAUGCGCUUGCAAAAGUCAUUCUCGGUAUCGUUUGUGGCAUGAACAUGCAACAGCGGCAGCAGUUCACUGUUCUUCGGGUGGAUGUCCUGCUCAGGAUGGCUGCAGGCUUGUCCGAGGGCACAAACUUCAUCACCACCGUCCUCGACUAUCUGCUUCCAAGACUGAUUUCCUCGGGUCUCACUGGUCCUGACAUCGUUGCGUGGGUCUACUUGAAGUCAGCGUUGGAGCUUGAGCUUAGGGAAAGACGGAAGGGCCGGGCAAUCAGGAUGACCAUCGAUGGAGUCGAGGAGGACUGUGAGAUGUGGCAGUUGGUGAACAGGCAUCCCGUGGCUGCUUUCGGGGAUUACAAUGGGAAGGGGUACUUCAGGGACUGCUAUGUCAUUGAGUGUCUAGGCUGA